AUGGAGUACUUGAGUAGGGUAUUACAAAGGCUCAAAAGGAUCCCUGAUUUCAAUUUCCAUUCUAGAUGUGAGAAGCUUAGUAUUAUUAAUUGGAGCUUUGCUAAUGAUCUGUUGAUUUUUCCCAGAGGUGAUACUAGAUCUGUGGCUCUGGCAAUGGAAGCUUUUGAGGAGUUCUCCCAAUCUACUAGCCUUGUGGUGAACCCAUCCAAACGCCAAGUCUACUUUGGAAGUUUGGAAGAUGACACAAGGCAAGCUAUACAAAUUCUCACCAAGUUCCAAGAAGGUAGUCUCCCUUUCAAGUAUCUUGGCAUCCCUCUCACUAGUAAGAAAUUAACCAAUACUCACUGUUUGAUAUUAAUGGAUAAGCUGGUAGCUCGUAUUAGACAUUGGAGCUCCAAACUCCUCAGUUUUGCUGGAAGGAUGCAGCUUGUUAACAAUAUACUUUUAGCCACUACAUACUUUUUGAUGCAAUUUCUCCCAUUGCCCAAAAAAAUUAUACACAUAAUUGAGGCUUUAUGUCGGUCCUUUCUAUAG